AUGAUCUCCGCGCACGCGCGCGCCGGCGAGCCCCGUGAGGCGCUGGCGCUGUUCCGGGAGAUGCUUGAGCAGCAGCGUGCGCGUCCAGACGACGCUACGUUCGUCGCCGUCCUCGGCGCGUGUGCGCGGCUUGGCGCGCUCGACGCUGGCAGGUGGGUGCACGCAUACAUGGGCAGGACCGGAAGGAAUGCCGUUGACGGCGUCGUCGGCAACGCGCUGCUCGACAUGUACGCCAAGUGCGGCGCGGUGGAGCAGGCCGCUGAGGUGUUCGACGCCAUGGCGCGGCGGGACACGUCCAUGAUCUCGGGGCUCGCGGCGCACGGCCGCGGCGAGGAUGCGCUGGCGUUCUUCGCAGACAUGCGUCGAGCCGGCUUGAAGCCAAACAAAGUGACCUUCCUCGGCGUGUUCUCCGCGUGCUGCCAUGCCAGUUUCGUCGAGGACGGCCUCCGGCACUUGCGCGCCAUGGCGGAGGUGCACGGCGUGGCGCCUGGCAUCGAGCACUACGGGUGUGUCGUCGACAUGCUCGGCCGGGCCGGGAGGCUGGACGAGGCGGAGGAGCUCGUCACGGCAAUGCCGGUCCGCCCCGACGCGCCCAUCUGGGGCUCGCUGCUCUCGGCCUGCCGGGAGCACGGCCACGUUGAGCGCGCCGAGCGCAUGUUGCAGCGGAUGGCCAACGACGACGAGGCCGACGCCGGGGGCUACGUGCUCAUGUCCAACAUGUACGCGCGCGAGGGCCGGCAUGGCAAGGCGGUGCGGGUGAGGCGGCAGAUGAUGAAAAGCAAGGUGGACAAGGUCCCCGGCUGCAGCCUCAUCGAGAUCAACGGCGUCGUGCACGAGUUCCAAGCAGUUCCGGCGAACUUUUCGGCGAUGUCAAAUUUGUUGAGCUGA